AUGUCUUCCGAGGUCAACAACCACGCCGGAGAGUCCCAGAACGACCAAGGCACUAUGAAGAAGGCCGUUGUCCUUGAAGACACCAUGGAGAAGAUUCAUGCCCUUGAAGACACUCCGGCGCCAUCCGAGCCGUCCAACGUCCUCGACCCAGGCACCGAAGCCAUCAUCGCCGCUCUCAACGACCUGCGCGACAGCUUCAAUGCCCACAUCGAUGGCCUGCGCGAUGACAUCAAGGCCCUCCGCGCCGACAUGCGUGAAGGUCCUCAGAGCCGCGUCUACGAGGAUCUCCCCGAUCUAACUGGUGUUCGCUCUGAUAUUGGUGCUCUCCGUUCCGGUAUUGGUGGCGUACGCUCUGACAUUGCUGCCGGUUUUGGUGGCGUCCGCUCGAACAUUGCUGCCGUCCGCUUGGAUCUUGGUCACGUUCGCUACAACCUUACACGUGGCUUCAGGGACAUCCGCGGUUCGAAUUGGGCUCCCGCUGAGGACAACGACCUUACUGGCGCCUCUAAGGACAUCCGCAACAGUUCUAAGAAUGUUCGCGAUGAGGUGAAGGGCAGCAAGAACGCGUCCAUCCACGAUCCCAAGAGCUCCAAGAAUGUCAAGGAAACUCCGCAACGAGAUCAAAGAGGUCCGCGAGAUGGCCAUCGAAAACCAAAAGGGCACCAGCUUAUCUCCCUCCGCAACCAUAGCACCGCCAGAGGGCUCGACACGCCCACGGUCGACGGCAAGGUGAACUACGAUGAACUGCCCUACAUCUUCAAGUACGAACACCAAUCCGACAACGGACGCACUACGGCUCCUUACAACAGCAAAAAACCGAAGACUAGACUGUCGUACCCCGUGGACUGCUACUACGAGUGGGAGGCCGACGGCUCUGCCCGCCUCGUCACGGGCGACCCCGCGCUCGCCAAGCCCGAGCCCGCCGACCGCGUCACGUUCAGCCGGGAUGUCCGGGACAUGCCUAGUCCGGACCCAUUCGAGGCUUCCAGGGCUCGUGCCAACAAGCCUCUUCACCCCAAGCGCUCUGUCCUCACUGGCGGAGAGAUCCCGCAUUUCCCGAACACGCCCGCCGAUAUCAAGAAGAUGCCUAGCGAGCAGCUUGACAUCGUCUUGAAGUAUCUCAACGUCAAUCCAACUGGCGAUGUGCAGACGAAGCGCUUGGCACUUGAGUGGGACUUUGGCUUGGGCCUGUUCACGUAG